AAUUAUGAGCCGGUCACUGGCGUUCAUACAAACGCUGCGUUUCACACCCCCCAGAAUACCGAUCUCACGAAGAAAUGGCCUGGCAAAAUUACUGGUAGCACAGGAGGCAGGAGGAGAGCAGUUUCUCAGGCACAGCAGCUAUAACGCGAGAUUCAUCCAUUCAAGUCCUGCAGGCGGGCUAAGAGAGGAAGACUCAUCAACUGGCAAGGAACAAGCCCGCCAGCAGCAUCAGCGCCACAAACCCGAGCCAGAUAUGGAAGAGUCAGACUCGUUUGCUAAAGAAUUCGACGCUCGUAUCCCCUCCAACAAAGCCAAACCCACCCUCAGUGAUGCAUACCAGCGGGGCCCAUGAAACAAACACCCUAAACGACCGUCAAGAGAAGAGCUAAGUGAUGACGAAAGGCAUAAGAUGGACGAAGAAGAGAAAGAAGUACAGCGGCAUAAUAAGGAUAUGGAGCAACGGCACGGCCGGGCGUUCAGUCAGAUCACGCAGGAUGGA